CGCGCCGGGCGGCGUCCAGACGGCAUGGAGAAGGACGGCCUGAGCCGCGCGGACCAGCAGUACGAGUGCGUGGCGGAGAUCGGGGAGGGCGCCUAUGGAAAGGUGUUCAAGGCCCGGGACCUGAAGAACGGAGGCCGGUUCGUGGCGCUGAAGCGCGUGCGGGUGCAGACAGGCGAGGAGGGCAUGCCGCUCUCCACCAUCCGCGAGGUGGCGGUGCUGAGGCACCUGGAGACCUUCGAGCACCCCAACGUGGUCAGGUUGUUUGAUGUAUGCACAGUGUCACGAACAGACAGAGAAACCAAACUAACAUUAGUGUUUGAACAUGUUGAUCAAGACCUGACCACUUAUUUGGAUAAAGUCCCGGAGCCUGGAGUGCCCACUGAAACCAUAAAGGAUAUGAUGUUUCAGCUUCUCCGAGGUCUGGACUUUCUUCAUUCUCACCGAGUAGUGCAUCGUGAUCUAAAACCGCAGAACAUUCUGGUGACCAGCAGCGGACAAAUAAAACUGGCUGACUUUGGCCUUGCCCGCAUCUACAGUUUUCAGAUGGCUCUCACCUCAGUGGUCGUCACGCUGUGGUACAGAGCUCCAGAAGUCUUGCUUCAGUCCAGCUACGCCACCCCCGUGGACCUCUGGAGUGUUGGCUGCAUAUUUGCAGAAAUGUUUCGUAGAAAGCCUCUUUUUCGUGGAAGUUCAGACGUUGAUCAACUUGGAAAAAUCUUGGAUGUAAUUGGACUCCCAGGAGAAGAAGACUGGCCCAGAGAUGUCGCCCUUCCCAGACAGGCUUUUCACUCAAAAUCUCCUCAACCAAUUGAGAAGUUCGUAACAGAUAUUGAUGAACAAGGCAAAGACCUACUCCUGAAGUGCCUAACCUUUAAUCCGGCCAAAAGAAUAUCUGCCUACAGUGCCCUGUCUCACCCCUACUUCCAUGAUCUGGAGAGGUGCAAGGAGAAUCUGGAUUCCCGUCUGCCUCCCAGCCAGAACAGCUCAGAGAUGAAUACAGCCUGAGGUCCCGACGGCCAUCUUGAGCUGAUCACCGGGAGAACCCCUGGGGGCUGAUGGGCCCCCCCCUGAGUAAGCCCCGCAGAGCCACUGAGGAUCACUGGCUGGGGACCUUCUAGUUGCCGUCGUCUGGACGGGCUCUGCUUCUCCAUGGAAACCGCCUAGUUUACUGUUUUGAAAUCAAUGCAAGAGCGAUUGCAGCUUUAUGUUCAUUCGUUUGUUUGUUUGUUUGUCUGUUUGUUUGUUUGUUUCAAGAACCUGGAAAAAUUCCAGAAGAGAAGCUGCUGACCAAUUGUGCUGCCAUUUCAUUUUUCUAAUCUUGAAUGCUGCCAGUGUGGAGUGAGCAAUCCAGGCACAGCUGAGUUAUGAUGUAAUCUCUCUGCAGCUGCCUGAGCCUGCUUUGGUACUUUUGAGUGAGAGUGUGCACGCGCGUGUGCAUGUGCAUGCAUGCGUGCGUAUGUGUGUGCGUGAGAUUCUUGAUUUCUCAAAGUGUUACUUUCUGUAAACAACAAGAAUAAUUGAAUUUUAAAGACUCAAAGUGACCUAUAAAUAACAGGUGUCUAUUGACUAAAGGUGAUUUACCAGAAUGGGCUUCUCAAAUUACACAGUUGAACCUAUGUCCUCAGAAUUUCUUUUAUGGCCAAAAACAGUAAAUUUGUUAGAAGUAAAACAUUCACUAUCUAGCUGAAGUUUUAUACACACAACAAAAGGAAAAAAAAUGCUAGUAGCUUUUAAGAGACCUGUUUCUUAAAGCAUACAUUCUAUUUACUCUUGAUAAAAGCUGAAAAUUACUCACUGUAAGCCCAUUUUAACCUGUAUUAUAUGCUUUGUUAUUUCUUUUGAAAAACACCCUAUUAGCUUUUUCUUACUUGCUAUAGAUUUAGGGAGUGUACCUCAAAUAGGUAAAAUGGUCAAAAAAAAAAAAAACAAUUAGAGAAAGCGUUUAUUUCCUGAUUUGAAAUGUUUCCUUUUUGGAUUCUGUUGUUACUUUAUUUUGUUUUUUUGAUUUUUGGAAUUUGUCAGAAACUGUUUCCUGUUUUGGCUCAGAGAAUAGCUUUCUCUGACGAGACAGGAAUACCAUUUAAGUUUUCCCUAUUACACUGUACUUUUUCUGCCAUGCACUGCCUUGUUUGCAGAGUUUCCAUCUUAUCUCCUAGGGCCUCUAGUAUAUAUUACUACCAUUACAUAACUAAUAACAGAUUGUUUAAGCCGUUCCCAUGCACCUCCUGCUUGCUUUCUUUCAGUGAACCUUUUGUAAAUAGUUAGAUUCAGAUUGUGGCUUAAUGGAUCCAAUUUUUCAGCCCUAACAGGGUCCCCUAGGCUCUCACUCCAGUGUGAUCUUCCCACCCAGCAUUUGUUGUUGUUCCCUAGGCAGUGAGUGGAGGAUUGGCUCUUCUCUAUCACCAGCACAUAGAUUGCCUUAAACUGUUACUUAGUGUUUUACAAUUUUUUUAGAAGAUGUCCGUGUAGAAUCGGAGAGAAUGUCUUUAACUAUUUUUUUUUAGACGUAUAUAUUUACCCUAUAAAAUGAUCUUUUCUCCAUCUCCCAGGCUGUGCUUAUUUCUAGUGCCUGUGCAUACUCCCUCUCCGUGCAGAGCCAGCCUGACCUGGGCAUUGUGAACAGCUUUACUUUUUCUCUCGCCAUUUCCUCUACCGUUCUUUAUAUUUCAUGUCAUCAUCUCUGCCUUAUGUGUGGUUAGUGCUCAGUUAGCUCAAGUAACCCGAAGACACAGAGAUGAAGUAUCCUUUUGGAAGUUUAGCUGUCUUUGCUCUCUGACUCAUGUUUUGAGUACAUGCAACAGAUAGGCUAUGUUUAGAGUUAGGGUUGUCAAAGAAUGAACAUUGCUUCACUCAGUAGAAAAUGUUCCAGUUGAUGUUUAUAUAUUGUCUAGCCUUACUGAAUUCUUCACAGCUUAAUAUUCUAUACUACCAUGAUGAAUAAGGGAAAAAUUAAGACUUUUCUCCUUGAAAGCUUUUUGAGUUGGAAAUUACUCUUUUUUUAAUAUGUAUACUGUUUAACAUUUUUCUAAUUCAGUAACUUGAAGAGCAGGAAAAUUGGUCUAAAGCUAGAUAUGAAUGAGAAGAUGGGCCACAAGAAUGUUUGAUGCUUUCUUCCUUGUUGACAAUAUUGCUUAUGUUUUGUCAUCACUGUAAAUGCUUGAGAUAUAAUGAAUCCACAGCAGUCGGGGCAAUGUCUCCCCUGGAAAAGUGAUUUCUGCCUUUCCUUUGAAGACAUUUUUUGCUGGGCCCUAGAAAUUCAAUUUUAAAACUCAAUAUAAGUACUGAUUUCAUCAUGCGCUUUCUGGUUAGUGUCCAUGGCUAGAGUGAACAUAAGUUGAGUUUCUGCUUUUUUCAGGUUUUCAUAAGUUCUCUCAAAAAAAAUGCAGCCGUUCUGAACUGGAAUUUUUCAGCAUUCUUGGGAAUUCUAAACAAGGAGAGAGCUCCACUUUAUUUCUAGCAUAUACUUUUGGUUCAUUUCUCAGUAGUGUUUAUGAAGAAAACUUAAAGCACAAACAUUUUGGCAUGAGAUUCAUUAGAUGCUUGGCAGAUUAUCUCCUGAGAGGCAGAAGGAGAGGGUAUCUGGCCUCUCUGACCCCAGCUCUUCCAUCUGUGUGGUUCUUGCAGUUGAGUAAUUACCCUCGUUUUAUGUCUUUUACAUCCAGGCUCACCAGUUCUGAAAUCCAGAUGCCACACGAGCACCCUUCCCAUUAGGGCACUUUGAAGCAUGUAGCAGCAUAGGAAUUUACUGAAUACAGCUUAUUCUUCUGUGACAUAUGGUUUCAAACAUCUUUGCCAAAAGCCAAGCAGUGGUCAGCUAAAAAAGUCAUACUGCCCCAGGGAUAUACUGAAGCAGCUUAUAUCAAUAAAAAUACGGUGUCAGAUUCAAAAUCACAUUUAUAUUCACAUUUGAGGGCUGGUGCUAGAAUGUGCCUGAUAGUUUCUAUAUGAUAAUUGUUCUCUUAGGGCCCAGGCAUUGUGGGAACCAUAGUGAAUCGUGAAGUUGUAACAAUCCCCUUUAAGAAUAAGAGAGAAACCUGUCCAUUUCAGCAUCAUAAGCUAUCAUGUGGCAAAGGUAAUAAAGCCCUAAUCUUACAAACUUAAAAACACAAUACCCAGUGCAUUGGCACCUCCCACUUUGUCUCUCCUUGAAAGCAGAUAAGAACCCAAGAAACAGAGAACCUGUUUUAAACAAGACGUCGGAGCCAUUUCAUCCCUCUGUAUUCUCAUGAUUUUCUCUCAGGAAUCACACACUAGGAAUGGCAUACUUUUCAUUUAGCCCAAGGUGUCUUACUAAAAUAAAAAUAGUUCAAAAUAUUUACCUAAGAAUAGAAUCUCAGCCAUUUAGUUUUAAGUAAAAAUGAAAAUUUCAGAAUGCACGGGAUGUUAAUAUCUUAAAGAAAAUGUACACCUCUCAAUAGAAAUUUAUCACUUGACUCCAGAACACGGUACUGUCCAUCUUGAUGGGGGGGG